AUGAGUGAAGAAGUGGAAACCGCCUAUCUUGUUUGUACCCCAAAUCCAAAGGAGUAUCCAGAGGAUGCAGACCCGGAAAGGAAUCCUCUAUGGAUUAAGUUUGGAGAUACAAAAAAGCCAAAGAAUACACGAGUUUCUGGCUAUAACACCCACAAUCCGUCUUUUUACGCUUUAACAAUUCACGCUGAUAAGGAAGCUGUGAGACCGAAUUUCGGAAAAAGCCUUGAGACGGAGUUUCUUAAAAACAAGAAUGGUUAUACACCCGUUGAGAUUAAGAAUAGAGAAAUCAAGCCUGGAGAGACUGAGUGGUAUAAGGUGACGUCUAAGAAGGUUUACACUAAUGUGAUUAAACUCUUUGAGGAUAUUAACGGGCAAAAGCUUCCUGGGAUAGCGGAAGAGCUACUUGGCAUCCAGAGUCAUGAAAAUGAAGGAGUUUGGGGCAAGGUUUUAACGUAUACAGGAGAGAACCAAAAGGGUCUUGCUGACGUCUUUAAGGAUUACUUGAAGAAUUAA